AUGACACCUAUUGCGUGCUCUUUUUAUCAAGUAGAGGGCUCACUUGAUCGUUGCCGCUUGUUCCCCUCUCCCCUCUCAUCCGUUCCCUCUCCCAUUGUUUCUUCCCCUCUUCGCCAGCUUCUAAUCGCCGCCGACGAUUGGUCAACCCAUUCCCAAGGCGUCCCAGGAGCCACACGGUACCGCAUUGCAAACCUUCCAAGCCAAACCGGCCCGGGCGUGUACGAGCUCGGGAUCCUGCCGAACCGGGUGGUUCGGCAGCAGCGGCGGCUGCAGGGGUUGCCGGUGCGGGUGGUGUAUGUGGGGCAUUCCGAGAGUGUGAGGGGCAGGAUGCAGCAGUACGGGCAGUCAGGGUCGCACCUGAAGGAGCUCUUUGAAGGGGUGUUUGCGGAAGACUAUGCUCUCACCUUCCGAUGGAUCUCUGCUGUGACAAAAGCAGAAGCGGCAGCCACCGAGACCCUCCUCCUCUCUUCCUUCGACUACGUUUGGAACGUCUCCAACAACCACCACCGCCGCCACGACCGCCUUUUGACCAAGCUGCAUGUCGGCCCGUCCUUCUCCCGCCGUGUCGCCGUUGCCUUCCCCUUCCUCCCCGUCGCUCGCCUCGUCACUCCUGUGGCUGUUGGGCCUGCAAUCCCUCUCGCCGCUGCUGCGGUUGCUCCCGUUCCUCCUUACUCACCUACUGCCCCCCGUGCUGCUUCUCCUGCUGCCGCAUCGCGUCCUGACGUUCUGUCUGCCACCAGCCAUGCUAAUUAUUCUGCUGCUAAGCCCCAGGACAGACAACCACAUGAUAAACCACCAGGCACGCCACCAGGCAGCAGUAGAAGGGCGAGAGCGGUGUGCCGAGCAUAA